AUGUGGAGUAGGAAUAUUGACAUGCUUUUGCUUCCUCAGAGCGUAGCGAUGGGUUACAGGGUCUAUGUCACUGUUCACUCAGCAGCAAAUCUGCCAAAGGUGGAUACCUUCGGCUCGGCAGACCCUUACGUCUCCAUGACGCUUGUCGACACAGACCCUACGAAUUUGUGUCAUGGCAACUGUUCGAACACGCAAGACUUGCCGACGGUUAUCGCUCAGCACAAGACUCAAAUAGUCAAGAACAACUUGCAUCCAAUGUUUGAGGAAUCAUUUAUUUUCGAGCACUCCAUCAUCCCCGACCGAAACAUCGUGCACGAUCUCAAUCAACAGGAUGUCUACCUGCUCGUUUCCGUGACCGACUGGAACAGGAUUCACGAAGAUGAAUUCCUCGGCAAGAUUGCGGUUAAGCUCCGACCUGGCAUGCAGUACGAGCGUGGCUCGUUCGUCCUCCACGACUUGCAAGGCCAACCUCUGAAGGCCAACCCCCAGCCAACCAUCACGCUGACGAUCUCGUACCCUCAAAUCAUGCCGUCGGUCGCACCUGCUCUUCCGCAGAGCAUCACGCCAACGAGAGUUGCUGAGAGCCCCAAGAAUGUGGAACAACCAGCGCCUGUCAGCUUGCCCCUGCCAGUUCCAGAGAGCGUCCCGGCUCCAGCCCCGGUUCAAGCUCCUGUGACAGUCCCAGAUCCACAACCAGCGCCAGUCUCUUCACCACCUCCGUCUGUCAUGAAAGCCUUCAAUUCGGCCUCCUUGCCCGUCCCGAAGCAUGCUCCCUUGCCUGUUCCACAGAAAGAAUCCACACCGCCUCCAGCUCCAGCCCCAGAGCCAGAGCCAGAGCCUGUGCGUGUCCCAGAGCCUGCUCCCGCUCCUGCUCCAGUGAAGCCUGCCGAAACGGCUGUCAAGGCUCCGAGACCAAUCAAGCUUGGCGCCGCGCUUCCUCCUGUAUCGCCUGCGCCUAAGGAGGAGAAGAAGGUUGAAGUCGUCCAUACCAAGUCGGAAAAUCUCGACGCGUACAGGAUCUUCCUGACAAACAUGGGUCAAGUUCGCAACCCGUCAUCGUACUUGCGUCGAACCAGUGCCACCGAGAGCUUCCAGAGGGUCAGAAGCCAGAGCUGGGUGUAUGCACAAAACCGCCCAGCCCCUGCCUUGCCGUAUCCUGCUGCUGCUGAGUACGUCAAGCCCGCUCCUAUCACUACCAGUGUCCGCGAGGUUGUGCAAACGACGCCCACAGUCGCACAGAUCCCUCAAGAGAUCUAUCAGCCCCAACAGGAGCUGAUCUUUCUGAACCAGCAGUACUACCAGCCCAGGCAAGAGUACGUGAACCAGCAGUACUACUUCCAGCCCCAGCAGGAGGUCGUGCAGUACAGGCAAGAGUACUUCCAGCCCCAGCAGGAGGUCGUGCAGUACAGGCAAGAGUACUUCCAACCCCAGCAAGAGGUCGUGCAGUACAGGCAAGAGUACUUCCAACCCCAGCAGGAGGUCGUGCAGUACAGGCAAGAGUACUUCCAGCCCCAGCAGGAGGUCGUGCAGCCAGCCAAAGAAAUGCAAUAUUUCUUCCCUGUGGAAUCUCAGACGUUCAAGACAGCAGACUUUUCUUUCCAGCAGCCUGAGAUCCGCUAUGACGUCACUCCUGCGCUCUGGUCAGCUCCUGCUCAGUUUCUCCCCUCCAACCUGGCGCCCCAGCAGCUGUACUACCAGGCUCCUCAGCACUUCGCCGCUCCCAUCACGCCUGCCACCGAGUCCGGGCCCGGGCCUAGACUAGCCUUGAAUCUAAAUCUAGGACAGGAAUUAGGAAGUGCUCUAGAUUCUAGGAUCAAGUUGCGACUCUUCCGACUGAUCAAAUUUUUGCCAGACUACCCCUCAUAUUCACACAUGAUCUGUGGGUCUCAGUGGGUAUUGGAACAGAAGGCAAUGAAGGUGGUGGUGGAGGAAGAGGAUGUUAAGGAUGGGGUGGCAGUGGUUGCCUUGUACUUCUGCUUUGCGGUUUCAGGCAUGCUAGGAGGUGCUCUCUUCAACGCCAUCGGGCCGAGGCUGUUGGUGGGCCUGGGAGGAACGACAUAUGCGGGUUAUGCGAUGGCAGCUUACCUUGCAGGAGGACUGCUUGGGAUCGGAGCAGGAUGCUUCUGGACGGCACAAGGAGCCAUCAUGAUGGCAUACGCUCCCGCUCACAAG